AUGCGUGUUGGGAAAUACGAACUUGGGAGGACACUUGGUGAAGGAAAUUCUGCAAAAGUGAAAUUCGCUACCGAUACUGUUUCCGGCCAAUCAUACGCCGUCAAGAUCAUCGACAAGACCAGUAUCACUCGUCUCAACGUCUCCUUUCAGAUUAAGAGAGAGAUUCGGACACUUAAAGUGUUAAAGCAUCCAAACAUUGUCAGAUUGCAUGAGGUCUUGGCUAGCAAAACCAAGAUUUACAUGGUUCUGGAAUGUGUCACUGGAGGAGACUUAUUUGACAGAAUUGUCUCUAAAGGAAAGCUUUCAGAAACAGAAGGAAGAAGAAUGUUUCAACAGUUGAUUGAUGGAAUCAGCUACUGUCAUAACAAAGGAGUUUUCCACAGAGAUCUCAAGCUAGAGAAUGUUCUUCUCGAUGCAAAAGGACACAUCAAGAUCACUGAUUUUGGACUUAGUGCUCUUCCUCAGCAUUAUAGGGAAGAUGGUUUGCUACAUACAACCUGUGGAAGUCCCAACUACGUUGCUCCUGAGGUUCUAGCUAACAAGGGCUAUAACGGUGCUGAAUCAGAUGUAUGGUCGUGUGGAGUAAUCUUGUAUGUUAUUCUUACCGGAUGUCUUCCUUUUGAUGAUACAAACCUCGCGGUUCUUAUCCGAAAGAUAUUUAAAGGAGAUCCUCCAAUACCUAGAUGGAUAUCACUAGGUGCUAAAACCAUGAUCAAGAGAUUGCUUGAUCCAAAUCCAAUCACUAGGAUUACAAUCGAUGGUGUUAAGACCAAUGAUUGGUUCAAACUCGACUACACUCCUUCAAACUACAGUGAUGAUGAUGAUGAUGAUGCAUCAUCAAUCCAAGAAGAUGGGUCUGAAGAAGAGAAGAUAACUGAUUCACCAACCGUAAUUAACGCGUUUCAGUUGAUCGGAAUGUCUUCGUUUCUUGACCUCUCCGGUUUGUUUGAGACAGAGAAAGUAUCAGAGAGGCAGAUAAGAUUCACGUCGAAUAGGUUAGCAAUAGAUGUGUUGGAGAAAAUAAAAACAGUCUUCAUGGAGAUGGGUUUCUGCGUACAGAAGAAACAAACAAUGCUAAAAGCAAUCAAAGAAGAAAGCACACGUAAAGGGCAUGGUGGUUUAACAGUAACGGCUGAGGUUUUCGAGAUAAUUCCGUCGCUAAAUGUGGUUGAAUUAAGAAAAUCAUACGGCGAUUUAUCUCUAUAUAAACAGUUGUACAAUAGACUAUUAAACGAAUUGGGCACACCAUCGCAAGUGCAAAAGCUUUUGAUGUAG